AUGACUUCAGGAGAAAGAGGAGGCAGCCAGACUUCUUCUGAUGCUGGCUAUCACAGUUAUGAUAGUCCAAAGUCAGCCAGCAUACAUCCUGCUACCCCUGUACAGGACCACACGGUAGCUCCAGCACAUAAACGCAGUGGUCCAGACAUACAGUCAGUGCCCCAGGGUUCUCCUAUGGCACCUAACAGACUUAGCUCAGCCUCAACAUCAAGUUCUGCUGCAGGAUGCAGCCCUGUGGACCAGUCCAUAGGAUCUCCCAAUGCAUUCAUGCCGAUCCAGGGGUCUGCUUUAAUUACAAGGCUUGGAAGCCUUGGGCAACCUCAACACUAUAUAGAACCAAUUCGCCCUGUAGUAACUGUGGCAACUGCUGCUCCUUCUGGACACAGCACAGAGAGCUGUAGCAUCACUAUCAGUACAAGCAGACAUGGGUCACGUAGGAAUCGAACAGUUGUGGCACCUGGGCCAGAGGAGAACAUUGAGAUGGCUGUUUUGUCAAGUUAUCAUGUCACAUCUACUCCCUCCACCUCUGAUGUUUCAGGGGAUACAGGCCCCUUGAGUGUGAGAUCAGUUUCCUCAGAUCCAGGUGUGUCAGGCGAUGGUCAAACGGCUGCUCGUAUGGUGUGCAUUAGCCCCCGUCCUGGCACUACACCCUAUUCAGCACCGUCACCAGCCACACCUCAGGCUGGCAAUGCCCCGGGCAUCAGUCCAGGUCCUAGUCCAACACCUCCACACACCAGCAGCACAUGCAGUACUGCUUCUGCAGCAGCUACAUCACGGAGCUCCAGUCAUGGCGUCCUGCAGAAGUUGCUGUCUACUCGGGGCGUGCCAUCAUCUUAUCCUGAAAGUGUGCAGCAGAGGCUUUUAGCAAGUGCUCAAUUGGCUGGCAGCCAAAUUGUAGGAGGUUCUUCAGACCAGAAGGGUCAGAGUGCAGCUGCAGGUCAGAGUUCAGCAGGAAGUGUGAUUGAGCAGCAUGCUGGACAGUUUAUGGUGCCGCUAGUCAGUGCUGAAGAUAUCAAGCCCUCAGCACGCUCUGUUGUGCACUACAUUCCAGCUACUGGUGGUGUUGGAGGCACCAGCGAAAGGACCAGUCGGAGGAUAGCCAUCUUAAAAAGGGAUUCAUCCAAAUCAAGUGCAAAGGCCUCUGUAAGUGCACCUAAGGCCACAGCAGAAACAGUUUUGAAAGGGAGCAAUACAGGUUCAUCUGAAUCUUCCACAACACCUGAAGCACCCUUGGAAUACCCUUUCUCUUACAAACUUGCUUUGCUUCGGCAGCAGAGUAUGGCCCAGCCUCCCAAAGACUUGCCACCAGCUCCCACAGGAACAACUUCCAGGACAGGGUCUACUGGUUCCCGUUCAAACAACAAGCCACAAGCAUCUGCUUCAGCAACACUUGCAGCAAGCUUGGCCAACCUGCAAAAGCAGGUGCCCGUUCCAAACAGUCCAUCUCAAGAUAUCAAAAGUGCUGGGUCUCUUAGCAGUGUUUCUGAAAGCCAGCAAACCAAACGAUCAACUGGCAUGUCAAACCUUGCAGUGCAAGUCUCUUCUCCACACACACCUAUACCGGCCUCAGCAACAACUCCUCCAAUACCACAUCAACAGCAGAUCAAUGUUCCCUUACGACUUUCUAUGAGCACCCAGUCCACUGGAGAUGUUUUCUUCGGUGUGCCAGUUCCAUCACCAUCACAACGGCUCAACCCAUUCAGUCCACCACAGCCAUCACCUUCAUCCUCAUCUUCCACGCCACCAUCAUCAGCAUCGUCGUCCUCAUCUUUGACAACAUCGACCAACUCCCUUGGUGCCUUGUAUCUUCCUUUUAAUCUCCCAGAUAUGAACUACAUGGGAAACGCACCAAAUAUUGACCUGAGCCAGUUAAUGCCAAACAAAACACCAGCAGCAAACAUCUUGGUGCCACCUCAGCCUUCGGCCAGCUCCAGUCUCAACAUAGCUGGCUUUGAAGAUGAACUUCAGUCCACGCUUGACAUUUUGCGUAACAUCGAUGGACACUACUUCAACCAGGAAGUGGAGGCAGAUGUGGUGGAGAAUGAAAACACCAUGAUGAUAAUUCAGAGUGUUUUUGGUGACUUGUCGCAAGAGCAUGAUGCUCAGACUGGGGGAGACGAGGAGGAUAUGGAGCAGGAUAACAAGGGCGAGUCCAGGCUCAAAGAAACUUAA